AGCGCAUUAAAGUUAGACUAGAAAAAUUGGAAAAAUCACCGUCGUCGUCAGGAGUUUUUCUUGUUUGAAGCAAGACAAAAGAAAGCUGUUCUUUUAGGUCUGUGUUGUUCCGAAACGGGAAACCAGUAUUGUGUGAAGUUUAGUGAAAUUCGAAAAAAUAUGCGGUUUAAAUGAGAACUUUGUUCCAAAAGUGAAAGCAAUCAUUUUCCUGGCGGCUGCACUUUCCUGUCAGGAAACCACUAAUUCAGUUCCGUCCGCAAGUCUACAUUCAUGGAAAAACAGGAUAGAAACAUUUGAAAUAGUGUAAGGUGCAAAACAGUGUUUCGCAAUUGAGUGCCCACACGCAUAUACAAAGUAACACAGCAAAGGGAACGGGAAACGGGUUUCUGUUUUCGACACACACAGGUGAUACGAAGUUUCUUCCUUAACGGUAGGAGCAGUUAAAUUUUCCAUCAGAACGGGACUCGAUCCCUAUGGCUGUGGCAGACCAACCGGUGGUCUAUUUCAAAGUUUUAUUGGAACGCUACAAGUAACUGACUUAGCUGAUUUCCGGAAGCGGAUAAAGAAUUUAAGAAGCUGGUUAGAACGGUUACAAAACCAUGGCAAAGGAGUAUGACUAUCUGUUGAAGGUGCUUUUGGUAGGUGAUAGUGACGUGGGAAAACAGGAAAUUCUUUCCGGAUUGGACGAUGGUUCGUCUGAGAGCCCUUUUUGCAGUGGAAGCACUGCCUACAAAACCACGACUAUCCUGUUGGACGGAAAGCGCGUCAAACUGCAGGUAUGGGACACUUCUGGUCAGGGACGCUUCUGUACUAUCAUACGAUCGUAUUCCCGCGGAGCGCAGGGCAUAAUCUUGGUGUACGACAUAACCAACAAGUGGAGCUUCGAUGGGCUGAGCCGUUGGCUGAAGGAAGUGGAAGAGCACGCGCCGGGCGUCCCCAAGGUUCUGGUCGGCAACCGGUUGCAUUUGGCCUUCAAACGUCAGGUGGCUGCCAAGCAGGCAGAACUGUACGCCUCCCGUAACAAGAUGGCUUGCUUUGAGAUUUCUCCACUGUGUGAUUUCAACAUUCGCGAAUCGUUCUGCGAACUGGCCCGCAUGGUGUUACACCGUAACGGAAUGGAACGAAUCUGGCGCUCGAACAAAGUCCUCUCGUUGCAGGAACUCUGCUGCCGGACGAUCGUUCGCCGGACAAGUGUGUACGCCAUCGAUACACUUCCACUGCCACCGUCGGUAAAGUCCUAUCUGAAAUCGUACGCCCUGACGUCGUCGCAGUGCCUUAAUACGGUGCUGCAUCACAACACAAUACCGGCGUCGAACGCGAAGAACCUCAAGUGCAAAACACCCACCGGUCAUUUAAAACUGCACCGAACAAGCGCUAUCAGCAGCGUCAGCGGCAGCAUGCGGAAUAGCUGCGUGAUUUCCUGAUUAGCAUCGAUGAUGGCGUCGCUGAGGCGGAUUUUCAUUCCCCGCCAGCGGCGGCGAUCUCGUUCGGGUGGCGGCGGCGAUGCCGGUGGCGCAGGCAGCGGCAGCAGCAGACGCAGCAGCCAGAGCACGGCUGUUUUCAUCGGGACCGGUGGCGUUGCCGGCGGUAAGAGUGGUUGUUGUUUUUAAGGUUAAUUUUUUAAUGUUAUAUACUCAUUGGUUGCUUCCUACGUUUCAUGAUCUGUAUAGAAAGUGUUAUAAUUUUGGAAUUAAAUGAAGGUUAUUUUCUAUGUUUAUUUUAUAUUUCUGUAUGAUUUUAUGUUUUUCUGCUUUUGUAUCCAAGUUAGUCUUUUUUGAAGAUUUACAUCAAAAAGAUCAAGGUUAUAGUUUGAGUUGGUUUCGAUUCAACAAAAACGAAAUUUUCCUAUGCAUGUUUCCAGUAAAUCUUCAAAGAGGACUCGUUUGUGUAGUUUUUUGUUUCGUUUUUGUUAGUGUAUAUCCUUAGUUGUACAGAAAUAAAUCCAGGAAAACGACAAACGACAGUUUUGGUUAAGACGCAAAUCGCCAGUGACGGCACAUCAAAGCAUUUUAGUAAUAAGACAAAGGCGCAUAAAUCGUUUGGCAAAAUUUGGGCCGAAAAAAGUAACUUAUUCUGAUUAUAUCAUAAAUAUAUACCAAAUACUAAUUUUAUACAUUUACAUUAAAUUAUAACUUAAUCGUAAGACGAAAAGCACACAAAAUUGAAGGAAAUGUGUAAAUCAUUUUCUCCCGAGUUCUGACUAACAUCGAGAACAAGAUUAACAUUAUUAUAGAGUUACUAAUUGGUUAAGUGUUUUUUUUAUUUAAAACGAAAGGAGAAAAUGCAAAAAAAAAAUGGAGAUUACAAUUAUCACAAGAAAGCAACCACAACAAAUCUAUCACGACACGUCCAACUAAACCUCACAUAGAUUUUUCGAAGUUUCUAAUCUCUAUAUUGUAAGAAGCAACUAAUAAAAUCAUUGUAGUAGGUCACAUAUAAGCUUCGCUUGUACUUCCAGACGAGUUAUCCUUUAUCCAGUGUUGCCAUACUAAUUAGAGGAAGAGAGAGAGAGAGGGGUGUAGAAUGAGCAGUCAACGUUGCUCCUAAGUCUGAUUUCUUUCGUUUUAAAUGUUCACUCUUUCAAAAAGUGUGACGUGAUUGUUUUGUAAUCUCAAGGAAGCGUUAACCCGGAAAUUGCAACUAAGAAGGAAGAGGAAGACAACAUCUGAAAACGUAAACAUACAAACGAAUACACCCUCACAUUCAUGUAGUUUCGAUUUAACAGCUUGCUAACUAUCUAUCAACAAAUAUUAAAGCGUGCGAUUUAUUAAAAUAUUCACCCAAAUCAUACGCUAACGACUGAAAUGAUGCAUAAGGUUCACAUUACUAGGCAUAACCCGAUACAAUAUAGGUACACAUACAAGAAUGUAUUUACUCAAAUACAGAAAGUAAAAUUGCCGCAGUCGAAUCGCAGUGAACUAACUUUUGUUUCCGUACUGAUAAACUUGAGAGUUUAGUUCGAUUUCUAAAAUCUCACUGCAACUGCGCUCUGUCCGUUUUUGAAUGUAGGUUUUCCCCGGUAUAACUGUCGCGUCAAAGCUAAGUCAUACAUACACAGCAGAUAGUAGCAUCUAACAAACUUAAUCCCAUUUUGCAUAGAAGAUAUAAAAAGAAACAUUUUUUGGCAAAUGUUAAUGCCUACCUGAAAGUUCGUAUUUGUAUUAUAAUAUAUACAUAAACUUGCGUUAAUAUGAGCAUUGGAAAGCGCAUAACAAUAGUUUACAGUUUACCUUGUACAUAUACACACAAUAUAUAUGAAAUGACAAAAUUAUUAUAAACAAA